AUGGCGUCCCGAGGAAACUGUAUCCCCCAACGAAUAAAAGUCUUGAGUUUGUCACAGAAAGAGUUUCAGACAGGCAAAUUGAUAGGAGAGAGUAGCACCCAGGAAUAUAGACACUUAUUUGGUGGUUCUGAGAUUUUACUUCUUGUGAUCAUGGCCUAUGAUCGCUACAUGGCUAUCUGUAGACCCCUGCAUUAUAUGAUGAUCAUGAACCAACAGGUGCGUGUUCUGCUGCUGCUGGUGACCUGGGUUGGAGGUUUUGUGCAUGGUAUAGCUCACCUUCUCUUUGUUUACAAUCUUCCCUUCUGUGGUCCCAAUGUUAUUGACCACUUUUGCUGUGACAUGUAUCCAUUAUUAAAGCUUGCUUGCACUGACAGCGAUGUCAUUGGUCUCACUGUGAUUGCCAAUGAUGGGGUAAUAUGUGUGGUCACAUUUAUGCUGCUACUCAUCUCCUAUGGAGUCAUUAUGCACUCCCUGAAGAAUCUUAGUCAGGAAGGGAGGCGCAAAGCUUUAUCCACCUGUGGCUCCCACAUCACCGUGGUGGUCCUCUUCUUUGUCCCUUGUAUUUUUCUGUAUGUGAAACCUCCUUCCACCUUACCUAUUGAUAAAUUCUUGACGGUGUUUUGCACUCUUUCCACACCUAUCUAUAAUCCCUUAAUCUAUACUCUGAGAAAUUCAGAGAAGAAAAAUGCCAAGAAGAACCUUUGGACCAGAAAAAGAAAAUGAAGCAACACGCAAA